CUCGGCCUCGGCCCAGGCGCACCCCGCGUCCGCUGACUCACCCCGCGUCCAUUCGCAGGCGCGCGAGAUCGAUCCGUGUGCCUCCCGCGUCCUCUGGCACAACGCACCAUGCGGGUCCUCAUCUUUUGCGUCGGCACCCGAGGUGACGUCGAGCCCUUCAUCGCGCUGGCGCGGGCGGCUGAGGCAGCCGGGCACGACGCUUUGGUCUGUUCGACGCAUGAGCACGAGGACCUCUGCGCACGUUCCAAGGUCUCGUUUGCGUCCGUCGGCGAGUCCAUCGCAGAUGAUCCAGAGAUGUUCAAGAUCGCUUCGACAUCUCUGGCCGCAUUCGAGGCGGGGAAGAUCACUGCCGCCGAGAUGCAGAAGCAGCAAAUGGCCAUGCUGACGACCGUCCUCGGUCGCGUCAGCCUUCCGCAUUCACGGGCCCUCAUGGCGAUUCUGGACGCCGCGGCCUCGGAAGGAAAGCCCUUCGACCUCGCGAUCGCAACCAUACUCGGCCACCGGAGUAUUCAGCCGCACCUUGAAGCUCGUAACCUCGUCUUGAUGCUCGUCGAUCUCCAGCCCAUCUUCCGGACGAACUACGGCAACCUGCCGAUGCAAGGAAGGGCGGAGGGCUUCCUCGGCUCGAACCUGAUGUGGUGGUAUCGCAAGGCCAUAUGGGGCGCAUUCCAGCGACUAGUGUGGGGCGCAUUCCUCAAGAAGAAUGUCAACGAGAGUCGCACGCUCGCGGGCCUUGACACGCUGUCGUACGUCAGCGAGUACUAUGCGCGCAUGCACCGCGCGCCGACGAUUCUGGGCUAUCUUGAGGAGCUCACGCCGACGCCAUACCCGCCAAAAACGAACGAGCUACGCGACGUGCGCGCACAGGGCGUCUUGAUGCUCGACGACCACGCCCGAUCGAAGCGCGAGGCGCUACCCGCCGACCUCGAGGCUUUCCUCGCAGCAGGGCCACCUCCCGUUUACAUUGGCUUUGGCUCGAUGCGCCUCGCCGCGCGCCACGUGACGACGGUCGUGCUGCAGGCAUUUGUCGUCGGCUCGAGCCCCCCCCCCACAUCUUUCCCUUUUUCUCACGUGUGCUGCGCACCGGCUCACGUUUUGCCCGCGUGUGCGCGCAGGCCGUGAAGCAGGCGGGCGGGCGCUGCGUGCUCGCGGCCGGCUGGGCGGAGCUUGGCACGCAUCAGCUCGACCCGGCGUCUGAUGGCACCGCAGAGCUGCUCAGCUUCGCCAAGUCGAGCGUCUUCGAGAUUUCGAGCGUCGACCACCGGAUGCUGCUCCCGCGGUGCGCGAGCGCCGUCUGCCAUGCGGGCGCGGGCACGUUUGCCGCGGUCCUCCUCGCGGGCAUCCCGAUCAUCGCGUGCCCGUUUGCGUUCGAUCAAUUCGAUUUCGCGCGUGCGGGCGUCGGCGCCGGUGUAUCGCCUGGCUUCGCGCCACUCGGCCGACGUGCUUGCAGAUCUCAUCCUCAAGGCGGCCGCCGAGCGGCCGCAGAUGGAGCCCAAUCUCAAGCGCAUCCAGGCGGCCAUGUCGCCGCCCGAUCGAACCGCCAAGGCCGCCGUCGCCGCCAUGGUGGACGUCCUGCGUGAGCACAAGGAGGAGUCGAUGUGGACGCGGCCCGUGCCCGAGGAUAUACAGCCGAUCCGCUUCAGCAUGGGGGACGCCAUGUCCAUGUGCCUGUCGCGUUGAGGCCAACUCGACCACGGGCGGCACGGUCAUGAUGUGCCGGAGCUCAGCCCGCGCGGGCGAUGGAUGGCAUGCUCUUGUCUCGCUCCUAUAGCAGAAACAGUAGGGGGAGGGCUCCCAGGGCUUGGAGUUUUUUCAGUUGCAACCAUUUCGAG